AUGCCCUGGCCAAUACUGAACAAUGUCGUACGGAAAACCUUAAUAACAAGCAGCAAAUGUUUUCGCCGGUCUGUUUCUGUUAGCGGUCGGCUGAUCAAGAAAUCUAGCAUUACGAAAGGGGAAAAACCGAAAGAGAAGAAGUCGGGAUCUCCAUUUUCCAAUUCAUUUUCCUUUCAAUUGUUCAUCAUUGUUGGAGCUAUGGGUGCUGGUUAUUCCCUUGGAAAGUCUUUUGUUACAGAGAAUGCUCCGGCAGAUCUUUUUCCAGCGGGGUCUACAACUGCCAUUAGUAAGAUCAAAAAAGCAGACAAAUCUUCAGAGUAUGGUGGAUAUGAUAAGUUUAAAAGAUGUAUUUUGCGUAUCUUGGAAUCUCAGAAACUAGAAAUUGACCAAAAGAAUUAUGAAAACAAAGCACUUUAUGAUAAUCCGUUUAUCAGUAAAGAUAUCUCAGAUGUGAUGAAUUGUGGAGAAAGUAUCCAAGAGGUUUUUUUCGGUAAAAAGGUUAAGAAUUUGCAACAAAAGCAGUAUGUGUUUUACCCUGAAUCUACCGAGCAGGUAUCUGCAAUUCUUAAGAACUGUCAAGAGUUUCACAUUCCCGUUUUCACAUCAAGCGAUUCUUAUAAUUCCAGCCUCAAAAGUACCGGUGGUUAUAGAUUGAAGAUUGAUUUUUCCAGGCUCAACAAAAUCGACAAAGUUGAUCAGCAUACCGUGAAAAUUCAGGUUGGAGCUGAACCAACAGCUCUUCGUGAUAGGAUGAAUGAUAUGGACUGUGAUACUCUGUCCAAUUUAAAUUCAUUGAUAAUAUUGUGCAGUUUAUUGGGCAUUCAGCUUCCAUGUACUAAAAGCCAAUUGUUGUGCAAUAAAAUUGAUAAAUCUUUAAUAGAAAGUGUGACAGCUGUCCUUCCAGAUGGUACGAUAGAGAAGGUGAAUCGCUUUUCGAAAGAUCCAAACGAGAAUCGAGCUUUCAAUCUCCUUCUUUCAUAUGAGCCCAAUUGCUGUAUAAUUACAGAUGCCAUUUUAAGACCGAAAAAGGAAAGUGCUUUUUCGCUCUAUGUCCUUGGCUUUAAAUCUUUACUUUCCGUUGAUGACGUGGUCAAUAAAAUCAAGUCGAUUAUUCCUGAUAUUGAUAUAUCAUUUAUUGACAGUGUGAAGUGUCCUCAGAUACAAAGUGCUUUUGGAGCAUAUCGAACGCUUUGUGUAUUUAAGCUAAGUAAAGGUAAUUACUCGAAGCUUGGUUCAAUUUUUGAUGGCAAAUCAGAUGAAUUUAAGACGUUUAAAUUUGAUUCAAAAGAUUAUAUUUCAUCGACUGAAUUUCACUACUAUUCCAAUUUGUUAAGUUCAGAAUCGAAUAGAAAUAGGAAAGCUACAAGCGCACUUAUAGUUUCUCCAAAUAUUGUGCGUCAAGAUCCACAGACAUUCUACUCGAUGAGCAUGAUGGAAGAAACAAAACUUUUGGAUUCAACAAAUGAUGGAGUUGAUGUAAAAAGAGACUUAUUCAGGCGAAUCAAAUUUAGUCUUGAUCCGGCAAGAGUUUUGAAUCCGAAUGUUGAAAUACAACUUGAGCCUAACGAUGAUAAAGAACCCCGUAAAUAA